AUGGGGGUAUCAAAUACCACGACUGCAACUUCUGGCUUACUUGAUAUCCAGGGUCAGAAUCCUAGUCUCUUCAAGCUUUACACCCAAAUAUGCAGCAUCUACGCAGUGCCCGACCCAUCAUCUCACGAUACGAUCGCCAGCACUUUACGCAGUGGUCUGUUCAGGCUGAUGGAGACAUUCCCCUGGUUAGCAGGAAAUGUGAUCAAUGAAGGAGCAUGUGAGGGAAACACGGGCACCUUUCGAAUCAUUCGCACAGACGAGAUCCCUUUGGUCAUUAAAGAUCUCCGGAGCAUCCCUUCUGCGCCCACCCUGGACGAUCUCCGCCGGCGGAAUUUCCCCAUGUCCAUGCUUGAUGAGAAGCUUAUCGCCCCGUGCUUGACUAUUCAUGUUCCUGGGGAAACAACCGGCCUGGCAGUUGACGCAGCUCCGGUUUUCGCGGUUCAGGCCAAUUUCAUUACCGGUGGGCUAAUGCUGACCCUUGUAGGGCAACAUAAUGUGAUGGAUAUGACUGGACAAAAUCAGAUCAUGAACUGGUUCUCGAAAGCAUGCCACGCCCAUCGCUUUACGCCUGAAGAGAUAUCAAUGGGGAGCAUCAACCGAGCCGACGUGAUUCCUCUGCUUGAGGAUUCCGUCAACCUAGAGCCCGAGAUUGCACACCAAAUAGUGAAAUCUCCCCUAAGCACCCAAAAGGCACCGUCGCAACCUCCACCGAGCACAUGGGGCUACAUUGUAUUCUCUGCCACUGCCUCCGUUGCUCUUAAAUCCUGGGCUACCAAGACCAUGACGCUUCCGUCCGGAUUUAUUUCGACCGAUGACUCGAUCAGUGCUUUGAUCUGGAAGUACAUUUCUCGAGCGCGCAUACCUCGUUUCAAACCAGACCAAGAGUCCCGUUUUGCUCGUGCCCUCGAUGUUCGCACAUCUGUGGGAGCACCUGCUGCAUAUACGGGGGUCUUGACUAGCAUGGCAUAUAGUGCAGAAACGCUGGACAACUUGGAUACAUCCCCACUUGGGGUGAUUGCUACUGACUUACGGAAACAACUUGACCCAGUGAAGAUCGGCAGGAAUGUUCGCGCUCUUGCAACGUUCAACACUCGAGCUGCCGACAAAACCAAAACCUCAAUCACUGCAAACAUGGAUGGGUCGUUGGAUGUUAUGCUCAGCUCCUGGGCCAAGGUUGACUCCUUUGACCUUGAUUUUGAUCUGGGGCUGGGGAAACCCGAAGCGGUUCGUCGACCGGCAUUUUUGCCUGUUGAGGGGCUGGUGUAUAUCUUGCCCCGGUCACCAGCGGGGGAAAUUCCUGCCGCGAUUUGUUUGAGAGAUGAUGAUUGGGAACGGCUCAAAAAUGACAAGGAGUUCCUCCACUAUGCAGAGUAUGUCGGAUGA